AUGGGUGUGGAUAUUUUGCCAGUUGUGGUAAUGGUGAUGGUGCAAGUUGGGUAUGCAGGGAUGAAUAUUGUAGGAAAAAUUGCUAUGGAUGCAGGCAUGAACCCUUUCGUCCAUAUUGCUUAUCGCCAGAUAAUUGGCACCGUUUUCCUUGCUCCCUUUGCUUACUUUUUCGAGAGGAAAACUAAACCUCAGUUGACAUCGUCUAUUCUCUUCUGGAUCUUCUUAUGUUCUUUUUCUGGGUUAACGGUGAGCCAGAUUGCAUACUUUCUUGGUUUAAAAUAUACCACUGCAACAAUCUCCUGUGCAUUAUCAAAUUUAAUUCCAGCUGCCACUUUUCUCCUAGCUAUCCCAUUUGGGAUGGAGAAAGUGGGGUUUAGAAGUAAGGCAGGACAAGCCAAAGUAUGGGGCACAAUAAUAUGUGUUGGUGGUGCCACAUUAUUGUCCUUGUACCAUGGACCUAUUGUAAUUGGUCAAUCUGGUUUCCAUUGGAAAUAUGCAGAAAAUACAGAGAAAAACAAUUCUAACAGCCAUGACAACUUAAUCUUGGGACCUUUACUACUUAUUGUCAGCACUGUUACUUAUUCAUUGUGGAUCAUUUUCCAAGCAAGAAUGAGUGAGAAGUAUAGAGCUCCAUAUACAAGUACAAUGUUGAUGUGUUUAAUGGCAAGUUUUCAAUGUGUGAUUAUUGGGGUUUGUGUCGUUCAUGACAAAGCUGCUUGGUCUCUCGACCGUAUGAGAACUAUUGCCGUCCUUUACAAUGGAAUUGUAUGCACUGCAUUAGGAUAUUGUCUAACUUCAUGGUGUAUACAAAGAAAAGGACCUCUCUAUGUCUCCGUUUUCUACCCUUUGAUGUUAAUCAUCACCGCUGUUCUUAGUUGGGCUUUACUUUGUGAGAAACUAUAUAUUGGAACCGUUGUAGGAUCGUUCUUGACAAUUGUGGGAUUCUAUGGUGUCCUCUGGGGAAAGGAGGAGGAGAAGCCAAAGUCAGAGACAGAAAAUUUUGAGAUGGAAACAGAUGAACUGAACCAGCAAUUAGGAGCAAAGUGUAAUUCGAAAUUGCAAUUAUCUGGGCAAUCAAAUCAUAAAAUUCAUGUCAGUAAAUACAACUUCUUAUAGACCGGCCAGCCUUUCUUGGUGUGCACCAAUUGUCUUGACUUUCAUUUAGCUUAGUCAAGGUAAAUUAAACCUAGCUCAAAUGUUUUUUUUUUUUUUUUUUAUUAUUAUUGGAGAAUUAAUUGAUUGAAUGUUUUGUAGGAAA